AUGCUUGUGCUUCAUGCGUUGAGUGGAAGAGGAUGUCUUGGAAACUUCAAAAGAACAAACAGUCAGGACAGAUCACGCACGGAGCUUUUCUGCUUAAGAUAUCUGACACCAGCUUUGCAGGAGACCUUGUUUUUGACGCUCAAGGAGGACGCUUCAAUCGUGGACUCCACCCCCAUUGCCUACGUGGGCAACAUCCGAGCGAAUGCAGAGACAUGUUGGGUAUCAUUUCCUGGGAAGUAUUCGGCAGGCUGGGAGGCCUUGAUCAGUGAAUUCAGCGGAGACUCCGUGGCUUGCGUCUUUCUCUGCACUCGGCAAGAUGGCCGGAUAUAUGGAGUCCGAGAUUAUCUUCAGUUCGGGUAUCUGAUGACUAUCAAGAAGACAUUGGAUGCCGAGAAGGUGAAGCAGAAGGAGGAUGCGGCUGAGUAUUUUCCAGCUAUGAUCCUUGCCAGUAUUGCCGAGCGGAGAGAUUCGGACCAGGCUGCUGCGAUGAAUGCCGUUUGCAUACGUGAGGACGCGUCCAACAAGGAACAGGCAGAAGCUGUGCGGCAGGCAGAGUUGAACUGGCUGAGGGCUGGCAAGGUUGCAGCAUGGGGUUGUGCCUGGUACCUCUUAUGGUUGCAGCGGGUGCGCGAGGCUGUGGGCAGGGGGCAGAAGUUGAAGGCUGUUUUUUUCCCAGGACAGGCAGGGAAAGGCAGGGUCUCCAUGAAGGAGCUCUCCAGCCCGAAUUUCGAUCCAUGGGAUGGUGUAGGAUGUGGCGGCUCGCAAAAAUGUGAGCUUGCAACCCUGGAUCAGAUGCAGGACAGGGAAGGUCCUGCCUGGAAGUACGAGGCAGUCGACGUUGGGAUGUUUCUGAGGGGAGAGUUUUCUCCAGGAUGCGAAGUCGACGCAAAGCAUGGCUCCGAAUGGAUUCGAGGCUACCUAGUCAAGCAGACCCAGUAUGAGUUUGUCACAAGUGACAUCCGCCAUGCGAGCAAAAACAUGGAGAAGUUCCUUGAGGAGUUCCAAAAAAGCCAAAAUGCUUUGAGUGAUUCGUUGCGCGGGCUAUUGUGUGGCAUGCACCUAGAAAGUUGCAAGGCUACGAGGCUCCCAAGUGGCACUCCGGCGCUUGGCUUGGCUGUUCGCAUCCCAGAUAUCAAGGCGUUGCAUGCCCUAAGGGACAGGGUCUUGGACGGUCGACUGCAGCGGGACGUGAACCGGAAGUUGGAUUGGGCAGGGCUUACAUUCCAAGUCGAGAACAGUCGCGGUGUGAGCAAGAAGCUGGCUUGGGCAGAGCGUGCGCACACAUUCCAAGUCGAUAACACCCGCUUCUUCGAACUGUAUGAGGACAGCCUGCUUGGCCUAUCUAAACUGACCGAGCACCAGGAAGAUAGGCUGAAGCAGAUGAACGGCAUGAGGAAGAUCCACCUCUUUGCGCCCGCUGGCACAGGCAAGACGUUCUUGGCCAUUCAUCACUUGUUUGAGCUUCUGAGGAUCAAGCCCUCGGCAUCGGUACUCUAUGUUGCCCCUAGCGAGGCUCUGGGUUUACAUUUCCUUCAGUGGUUAGUUGCACGGCUUGCGCCUAAAGCCACAGACAGCGUUGCAGAGGUGCAUCAAGUCUUCUCUCGGCUUACCUUUCUGCACGCUCCUUACACACACUUCGUGCGCCCGGACCUGGACGGGGCCUGCAUUUUUCGCAAGCCGGUUGAAGCAUUUCAGCCCUUUGACCAGGCCAUCUUCGAUGAGAGCCAUAAGAUUUUCCCCGAGGAUGCACACCUGACCCCGGCCAUGAAAUGCGGCCUCGCUGCAGGGCAUAUCCUGCUAAUGUCUGAUCCGUCCCAGUCCUCGGCGGUGAGCCAGAGCUACCCAGAAAUGGGACAAGUGGUGGAGCUCAAGGAGGUCGUUCGCAGCACUCAACGCCUUGUAGCUGGAGCUGGCGCAUUUCGCCUCAACGUCUCAGGCGAAGCCCCCGUGACUUGCCUUGGAACUGAGGGACCGCCUCUGAAGACCUACCUGUUUGACUGCAAGGAGCCCAAGAAGAAGCUUGACGAGUACGCGGCUCAUGUGAUCACUGCCCUAUGGUAUGUGGCGCAGAUGUUUCCUGGAAUCAGCUUCCACCGCCGCAUUGCUCUGCUGGUUCCAGACUCUGGUUUCUGCGGGAGCUUGAAGCCAAUCCUUCAAAAAUGGUUGAAGGAACAGUUGCCACAUCGAGACUUGAGCCUGGUAUGUUUCAGAGAGGCCUUGAGCUGCUUGCCUGGUCGUCUUCUGGGCACCACACAAAGCAAUGAGAAGGAGCUCAUCAUACUGGACUCGGUGGACAAUGCCGACGGGCUUGAACAGCUUGUCGUCAUCUGUGUUGGGCUGGAUGCCCCCAUCGACCGUGCUAAGGGUGACCUGCAAACAAGGGCCCGGUUGUACCGUGGCAUCACGAGAGCACAAUUGCUUGCAGUCGUGGUGAAUGAGAGCGUGCCAGGUGGUUGGCUCCAGUUCCUUGGAGCCGUGCAGUUCAUGGACUCCAAGCUCCAAGAGGAGGAGCUGACCGCUUCAGCGAAGAGUGCCACAAAGAUCCAGGAGGAAGCCCUGCGGCACGUCGGUGCGCUGCAAUCGCAUACGGGCUGUACCAAGCCACAGAGAUCGAACACCUCGGACAGCGGGCUACCCAGACCGACGGAGAAUGAGACUAGAAAGCUUGUUUCAUUAAAGGAGUCCAGUGUUUGGGACACCCGUUCCAACAAAAUUGCGCGGCCGACUUCGCUGCUUUUUGACCCGAUGGAGGACGAUUCCAAGAAUAGCUCAGAGAACAACCCCCAGGCUGCAAUCCCAGACGGCAGCGGCUCCCGCGUGGGUUAUUUGAGUUUAAUAUUCGACGGAGGACGCGUGGAGCAGCUAUUCCGAAAAGUCUACCAGAUUCUGAGACAACACAACUACGAUGUGCUAAUGGUGGAACCAGGUGCGGCUCAGGAUUACGGCGACAUGACCACGCAUUACUUAUCAAGAUUGCAUGAAGAGAACGGCGUCCUGGUGGCUGUUUGCACGGAGAACUACGGGGAAGGAACAAGUUCAAGGGAAGUGGAGUUCGCUGUUAGGUACGAGAUCUCAAUAAUGCCGCUCAAGAUGGUGGACAGAUACCCGCCUCGGCCUUCUUCUGCUCAAGAUAAGGCCCUCAUCGGCUUUGCGCUGCCUCGAUCAAGACUCUACGCGGACUGCCGCGGGUUGGGUGAGAAGGAGAUGCUGGGCUGCGGCUGUCAGAACUGGAGUGUAGUUGUCCAAGUCUCAUCACAUGAAGGAAAGGAUGCGCUGGACACCACAGAGUAG